AAAGCCGGAAGGUUUCACUCUUUUUGCACGUUGUGGCGAUUUUGUUUGCUUGUCUGUAUAAAUUAAAUAUCGAACUAACAUAUUUUUUAACAAACAUAUUUUAAAAUUAGAGAAGCAUUUAAAGAAGUCAAAAUUGUGAGUGUAAUUCUCGGUAGCAAAGAGGAAUUAACAGAGGCAAGAAAAAUGCCAAACAUCAAAGUAUUUGGCGGUAGCUCUCAUCCUGAACUUGCAAAGUUGAUUUGUGAACGACUUGGUAUAAGCUUAGGGCGAUGUACCUUAAAGAAAUUUUCUAAUAAGGAAACAAGUGUUGAGGUUGGUGAAUCUGUGAGAGGAGAAGAUGUAUUCAUCAUUCAGAGUGGUUGUGGAGAUAUCAAUGACAAUUUGAUGGAACUUCUUAUUUUAAUUAAUGCAUGUAAAAUAGCAUCAGCUGAAAGAGUAACUGCUGUCAUACCUUGCUUUCCUUAUGCACGACAAGAUAAGAAGGACAAGAGCCGGGCACCAAUAUCAGCAAAGCUUGUAGCCAAUAUGCUUUCUGUUGCCGGAGCUGAUCACAUUAUAACAAUGGAUCUUCAUGCAUCCCAAAUACAGGGCUUCUUUGAUAUACCAGUUGACAACCUGUAUGCUGAACCAGCUGUACUUAAGUGGAUUAAGGAGAACGUAACUGAUUGGAAUGAGUCAGUCAUUGUUUCCCCGGAUGCUGGUGGUGCAAAGAGAGUGACUUCAAUUGCUGAUCGACUGAACGUAGAAUUUGCCUUGAUUCAUAAAGAGAGAAAGAAGGCAAAUGAGGUUGCAAGUAUGGUAUUGGUUGGUGAUGUGAAAAAUAAAAUUGCUAUAUUGGUUGAUGACAUGGCAGACACAUGUGGGACGCUUGGAUUAGCCUGUCAGAAAUUGAAAGAUGCUGGUGCUAAACAGAUAUUUGCAAUCCUAACGCAUGGCAUAUUAUCUGGUCCAGCCUUAAGCAGAAUUGAUGCCACAGAUAUUGAGGCAGUUGUUGUUACAAAUACUAUUCCACAAGAUGAAAAAAUGAGGAUAUGUUCAAGACUAAAGGUAAUUGAUAUAUCUAUGAUCCUCGGUGAAGCCAUACGAAGAACUCAUAAUGGAGAGUCAGUUUCGUAUUUGUUUAACCACGUUCCUUUGUAAGUCAGGAAAAUGACUUAUAGCAUGUAGGUUAUAGCUACAAGUACUGUAAAUAGAUCUUUAUAUUCAGUAUAUAAAUUGCUUAUCUGUAGUCUGA